GACGGAUUUCCGGAUUCGCCCGCCAGAUGGGUGCGAAAUGAGUGGGUCUCGCAAACUCCGGGACUUGGCUGCCCGCGGAGCCCGGCCGGCAUAGCGAGGUUUACCGUACGCGGAUGGUGAUGAUACGUACGUAUUAUAAUAUGCUUCGAGAUAUGUUGAAUUCAAUGAAAUGAAAUAAUAUAUAUUGCGUUCAUUAACUUCUCAAUAUACCCCCGCUGACUUCUAUUAGAUCAUAGUACCACUUACCAACGUAGAUACUCAGCUCAGGUACUUGGCUUACUCUAUUUUCUUGUCUUGGCCAAUUCCUCCAAAAUGUCUUACACCCGUUCUGCCAUCGUCACCGGCGGCACCAUCAACCUAGGUUUUCACGCAGCGACCGAGAUUGCUCGCCAACACCCAGACUGGCUAAUCGUCAUCUCAUCCCGAAGCAAUCGUGAACACGCCGCCAGCAAAAUCAACCAGCUCCUAAAGCAAAACAACACCAUCUUCCUACCCAUAGACCUCGCAGACCCUAACAGCGUCCGCACAUUUUCGAAAAACUGGACAUCCAAGAACCACCCCCCCAUCCAAGCCCUCCUCCUAAACGCCGGCCUCCAGUUCCCGGGCAAGCUCACCACGACACCCGAGGGCAUCGAAUCCACCUUCGCCAUCAACCACAUCGGCCACGCCCUCCUCUUCCACCUCCUCUGCCCCCACCUCGCCCCCCACGCCCGCGUCGUCCUAACCUCCAGCGGGACCCACGACCCCGCCAUGAAAAGCGGCCUCCCGGACGCCCUGUACACCUCCGCCGAGGAUCUCGCGCACCCGCCCCCAUCCAUAGCGAACGGGGAUGGCCGCCGCCACUACGCCAACAGCAAGCUCGCGAACAUACUGUGGACGUACGCGGCGCACAGGCGGCUUGGGCAAAGCGUUCCCGACCGCGGGGUGGUGGUUGCGGCGUUCGAUCCGGGUCUUAUGCCCGGCACGGGGCUCGCGCGCGAGUACCCCCCCCUGAUGAAUUUCUUGUGGUGGAAGGUGCUGCCGCGCGUGGUGCCGGUGCUGAAGUGCGUGUACACGGAGAACAUACACACGCCGGGGGAGUCGGGGGCGUCGCUUGCUUGGUUGGCUACUAUGGAGGAGGGGGGAGGGGGGAAGUACUUCGAGGGACGCAAGGAGAUUAUGUCGAGCGAGGGUAGUUACGAUGAGAAGAAGCAGGAUGAUUUGUGGAGCUGGACGGUCAGGCAUGUGGCGCGAGAUGAGGCGGAGGUUGAGCGGUUUGAGGCUUUUGGGUAAGGGUGGUGGAGUGAGGUGGAAAAGGGGGGAGGGGGGUAGUUUUCUGUCCAAAAUAUUCUUAAUCAGCGCAUCUUUUCUAUUUUCUCCUUUGUUUGGUAAGGGUAUCUCCAAUCUAUAUUGACAGGCAUUCACGGUUUAGUUGAAUAAUCAUAAUACUAUUGUUC